AUGUCGCGCCGCUUGACCACCGCCGCCGGCCGGUGCUCGGAGCUGGAGCGCGUCAUCGCCAGCCGUGCCCGCUCGCGUAGCCUCAGCCUUGACAACGCGCUCAAGCUGUUCGAUGAAUUGGUCUCCCACACCAGGCCCGCCUCGGUUGCCGCCUUCAACCACCUCCUCGCCGCUGUGUCUCGUGCCUCGGGCCGGCGCUCCUCUACCUCACAGCCAGAGCCCGUCGUCUCCCUCUUCAACCGGAUGGUACGUGACUGUUACAUCAAGGUGGCUCCCAACCUUUGCACCUACAGCAUUCUCAUCAGCUGUUUAUGCCGCAUGGGCCGCAUGGAGCAUGGCUUUGCUGCCUUUGGUCUCCUUAAGACAGGCUGGAGGAUGAAUCACAUAGUCAUCAAUCAACUACUCAAAGGUCUCUGUGACGGAAAGAGGGUGGUUUCAUACAACAUACUUCUCAAGGGUUUCUGCAAUGAAAACAGAGCUGAGGAGGCACUUGAGCUGCUACAUAUGAUGGCAAAUGAUCGAGGUAGAAGCUGCCCUCCAAAUGUGGUGUCCUACAGCACUGUCAUCAACGGUUUCUUUACUAAGGGUCAAGUGGACAAAGCUUACAACUUGUUUCUUGAAAUGAUGGAUGGGGGGAUUCAACCGAAUGUUGUGACAUACACCAUAAUAAUUGAUGGCCUAUGCAAAGCCCAAGUGGUUGACAGGGCCAAGGGUAUCUUUCAGCAGAUGGUUGAUAAAGGUGUUAAGCCUGACAAUAACACAUAUCCAGACAAUAACACAUAUAAUUGUCUGAUCCAUGGAUACCUCUAUAUAGGGAAGUGGAAAGAGGUGGUACGAAUGCUCGAAGAAAUGUCUGCACGUGGUCUUAAGCUAGAUCGUUGUACUUAUGCUCUGCUGCUGGACUUUCUAUGCAAGAAUGGAAGAUGCAGAGAAGCUAGAUUUUUUUUUGAUUCUAUGAUUCGGAAGGGGAUAAAACCACAUGUAACUAUCUAUGGCAUUCUGCUUCAUGGAUAUGCUACCAAAGGUGCUCUUUCUGAAAUGCAUGAUCUCCUAAAUUUGAUGGUAGCAAAUGGUAUUUCACCUAAUCAUCAGAUCUUCAACAUAUUCUUCAGUGCAUAUGCUAAAUGUGGUAUGAUAGAUAAGGCAAUGCAUAUAUUUGACAAAAUGAGACAGCAAAGGUUGAGUCCUAAUGCAAUCAACUAUGGAGCACUAAUAGAUGCACUAUGCAAGUUAGGCAGGGUGGAUGACACUGAGCUCAAAUUUAAUCAGAUGAUCAAUGAAGGAGUGACUCCAAGCAUCUUUGUUUGUACCUCCCUAGUUUAUGGACUUUGCACCGUUGAUAAAUGGGAGAAGGCUGAGGAACCAUUUUUGGAAGUGUUGGAUCAAGGAAUCCGUCCUGAUGCAAUGUUCUUCAACACAUUAAUGUUUGAUGGCCACUGCUUAACUGGUAGAACUGAUGAAGCGGCGAAGCUACUUGAUGUUAUGGUCUCAAUUGGCCUGAAACCUAAUGAAGUUACUUAUAAUACUUUACUUCAUGGCUACUGCAAAGCUCAAAGGAUAGAUGAUGCAUAUAGCCUUUUUCGAGAAAUGUUAUUGAAGGGACUUACACCUGUAGUUGUGACUUAUAAUACUAUAUUGCAUGGUUUGUUUCAGACUGGGAGAUUUUCUGAAGCAAAGGAACUCUAUCUCAAUAUGAUGGACAGCAUAACACAGUGGGACAUCCGCACAUACAACAUUAUUCUAAAUGGUCUUUGCAAAAAUAAUUUUGUUGAUGAAGCAUUCAAAAUGUUUCAGAGCCUAUGUUCUAAGGAUAUUCAACUUAACAUUGUUACAUUCACCAUUAUGAUUGGUGCUUUGCUCAAAGGUGGCAGAAGGGAAGAUGCCAUGGAUUUGCUUGCUACUAUCUCUACUUAUGGUUUGGUUCCAAAUGUUGUGACCUACCGCUUAAUAGCAGAAAGUCUCGUAGAAGAAGGGUCGCUUGAGGAGUUCGAUGGUCUGUUUUCAGCAAUAGAAAAGAAUGGUACUGCUCCAAACUCACGUAUGUUAAAUGUUGUAGUUCGGAGGUUGUUGCAUAGAGGUGACAUAAGCAGGGCUGGGGCUUACCUCUCCAAACUUGAUGAGAAGAAUUUCUCACUUGAGGCUUCCACUACUUCCAUGCUUAUAUCACUUUUCUCGAGGGGUGAAUAUGAGCAGCAUACAAAGUCUCUGCCUGAAAAGUACCAUUUCCUCAAUGAAGCCAACAGUUGA